AUGGUGGCUGCAGCCUUAGUCUACACUCUAGAGGAAAGUUUUGAAAAUCAAAUCAGAGGAAUCAACGCUCAUGUGGAUCAAACUAUUGACCCUUAUCCACCCAGUCGCUAUUUUUAUCCAAUUGCUGUGGCUUUUAUAUCAUAUGUUGGGCUGAAAUCACUCCUAGAAGAGACUUUAGUGCAGAAUGGAACAUUCCUGGGCAAUGAAACAUUGACAGGUUUCAAUAUGAACUCUAGACUAGUGAGCGUUUUCACCAGCAACCACACAACAGAUAUUUCUACUCCCGUCAAUCUCACCUUUCAGCAUCUCAGGAAUAGAGUUGCUCAGGAAAAGGUUCUCUGUGUCCAAUGGAUUUCUGGUGCCUUGUCCAGUCAUGGUUGCCAACAGAUCUUUUCUAACAUCACCCAUACAGAAUGUAGCUGUCAAUAUCUGUCCAGUUUUGCUGUACUGAUGGCCACAGGUCACAAACAAGGAGAUCUGAUCCUCACUAUUAUUAGCUACCUUGGGUUGUCCAUCUCAGUCAUCUGUCUCUUCCUGUGUAUUGUCACAUUCCUCUUCUGCCGCGCCAGCCACAACAGCAGCACCUUCAUUCAUCUACAACUGAGCUUCUGCCUGUUUUUUGCAGACCUCCUCUUCCUAACUGGAAUAGAUAAAACAGGCAACAAGAUCCUGUGUUCGGUCAUAGCUGGAAUGCUGAAGUAUCUUUUUUUGGCCUGUUUUGUCUGGAUGUUCUUGGAAGCUGUCAAUCUCUACCUCAUUGCCAGAAACUUGAAAGUGGCCAAUUACAGUGGGGCCAGCAAAUAUAUGAAGAUAUCCAUGUACCUCAUUGGUUAUGGGUUCCCUGUCCUGAUUGUAGCUAUUUCUGCAGCCAUUAAACCUGGAGCCUUUGGGACUCUGUAUAGCUGCUGGCUUGAUCCAGAUUUUAUCUGGAGCUUUAUGGGACCUGUCUGUGUAAUAAUUGUGGUCAACCUAGUGUUUUUCUGUCUUAUUCUGAGGACUUUGCAUGAAAAACUGGCCUCUCUCAAUUCAGAGAUAUCUUCAGUCAGAAAUACCAGAUCACUGAUGUUUAAGGCCAUAGCCCAUGUGUUCAUCCUGGGUGUGACUUGGUGUUUUGGCUUCUUUCAAUAUGGUCCUUUGGAAGAUGUUAUGGCAUACAUGUUCACCAUCUUCAACAGUGCACAGGGAAUCUUCAUCUUCCUGGUGCACUGCUUACUCAACCAAAAGGUGAGAGAAGCUUACUGGCAUUGGAUUUAUUGCAAGAAAGACAUCAGACCUCCUGUUUCUGAGAUAACUAUGACCUCUGUUCCCAUCAGCAACCCUUUGGUAAAAGAACCAUGUAUUAAUGAAGUCCAUAACAAGAAGAUUGAAUGGCAAGAACAAUCAUAGCACACUGUCUCUCCUUU